GGUAUCGAGUCGGUAGCUGUGUUUACCACACCAACCAUCUGCUACGAUGGCAACCGACGUCCGUAACGACAAACCCAGAGCCAGAAGACGAGAAGAGAUAAUCUAGUGAGGCUUUGCCGGUCUAAGAAACCCCUGCAGAGGAACGAGUCGACUGGGGAGACCGCCUCAGCAGCACAGCGCCGCGCUCACACCGAGAUAUUCUAGACACACAAAGCCAUGGCGUCGCCUCGCGAAGAUGAGUACGACUACCUGUUCAAGAUCGUGUUAAUCGGUGACUCGGGCGUCGGCAAGUCCAACUUGCUGUCCCGCUUCACGCGCAACGAGUUUAAUCUCGAGUCCAAGAGUACUAUCGGUGUCGAGUUUGCCACCAAGUCUAUCGUGGCCGAGGGCAAGACCAUCAAGGCGCAGAUCUGGGACACAGCCGGCCAGGAGCGAUAUAGAGCGAUUACCAGCGCAUACUACCGGGGUGCAGUAGGCGCGCUAUUGGUGUAUGACAUUACGAAGCACGGCACCUUUGAGAACGUGGAGCGCUGGCUGAAGGAGCUGCGGGACCACGCGGAUGCCAACACGGUCAUUAUGCUGGUGGGAAACAAGAGCGAUCUGCGUCAUCUGCGUGCGGUAUCGACGGAGGAGGCUAUGGCGUUCGCGGAGAAGAACAAUCUGGCGUUCAUCGAGACGUCUGCUCUGGAGGCCACAGGCGUCGACACGGCUUUCCAGCGUAUUCUUACCGAGAUCUACAAGCUUAUGAGUCGCAAGACUAUCCAAGCGGAAGAAAACGCGACGGCUAGCUUGCCGACGGGUAACAGUAUCGCAAUCACGGCCGAGAAUACGACCGAAAGCAUAAAGAAGAAAAAGAAGAGCGGUUGCUGCUAGGCUGCGUGCCCCCCUGCGACGGAGUAGAUGAGGUGGUAAACGUGAGUCCAGGGACGACCCACACAUCUUAAUGCAAUCGAGUUUAAUCUACAUGUACAACGCCACGUACGUCGGCACCGCAUUUGCACUGCAACGCCUGACUUUCGUCACUUUGUGAAUUUUCUACAAAUUACCACAAAAUUAACCAGAAAAGACCACUUACCAACAAAAACAU